AUGACCCAACCCAAAACAAUCCUCAUAACCGGCGCCGCCGGGGGCAUUGGCCUCGCCACAUCCCGGCAUUUCAACACCCUCCACCCCUCCAGUACCAUAAUCCUCACUGAUCUGCCCACUCACCAAGAGGCCACUGAGUCCUUGAUUCAGAGUACAUUCCCGCACCCGGAAAAGGCAGUCUUUCUCCCCGCUAACAUCCUGGACUGGAGCCGAAUGACACAUCUAUUCAGAACGAUUGCACAGAAAUACGGCGGCGUGGAUGUGGUGGUUGCGAAUGCGGGGAUGAUGGAGUCUACGCCUGUUCUAGAUUUGGAUGAUGUUGAUGAGGAGACGGGGGAGUUGAGGGAGAGUUUGGAGGCAAGGAGGGUGGUGGAUGUUAAUCUGAUGGGGACUUUGAAUACCCUGCGAUUGGCGAUGUAUCACAUGAAAGAGAAGGAGAAGAAGAACGGAUCAAUUGUGCUGUUGGCUUCUACGUCGGGUUAUUUUGGAGGCACGGGUGUCACAGCUUAUGUGGCUUCCAAGCAUGGUGUUGUGGGAUUGCUUCGGGCGUCGCAAGUGACGGCGCAGAAGUAUGGCAUCCGUGUUAAUGCCGUUGCACCAUUCAUGACCCCAACUAGAAUGACGGCUGGUUUGUCUCAAAGCUGGCAGGAUGCUGGGCUCGAGGCGAACACUCCUGAACGGGUGGCGGAGGUUAUUGAGCAGGUCGGGAUGGAUACGGCCCGGAGGGGCUCUUGUAUGCUGGUUGCUGGAAGAUUUCUCAGGGAGAUGGAGUCGACGAGGAUGGCAUUGCUCCCGUCAUGGCUAGGUCAAGAUGUUGCGGAUUUCAUGGCGAAAGCAAUGAAAUUCAUUGCAGACAUCGGAGGCUAUGUGCUUCCUGCUCGACUAUAG